GAAGAACCGCUCAGAUCGGAGUACGAGUACGCAGACUUCGGUACAGUUCGCGCAACGCGUCACCGCCAGUACAAAUUUGAGCGUGCGUUUUCCGGCUCGAAAUCGUGUGCGCGUGUGAAUAUUAUCGAAUCGAAACUGGAGAACUGUGCGUUCUCCAUUUAGUGGAUUCCGUGCCGGUUGAAUUAGUGUGUUUGACAGUGUUUCACUCACGGAUUCGCCGCAGCAUUCGUGUUUUGGAUAAGCCUACACGCGUUGAAAAGGGGCGCAGUAUGUGCCCGGCGCUGGGCUUGGCGCCGCACCCCAGUACAGGAGUUUCAACCUCGAGUACGCACCCACAUAUCCGCCGUCCAGAGCCGACAAAUACAGGGGUGGUACCGAUAUACAAAAGAGAAUGACUCAGAGGGAGGACACGAUCAGGUUCGAGCAGGGCCGCAUCAAGGCCCUGCAGGAGGAACGUCUUCACAUACAGAAGAAGACGUUCACCAAAUGGAUCAACUCGUUUCUAUUGAAGGCGCGCAUGGAAGUGGACGAUCUGUUCACGGACCUGGCGGACGGUAAGAAGCUGCUGAAGCUGCUCGAGAUCAUCUCCGGCGAACGUCUGGCCAAACCCAACAAUGGGCGAAUGCGCGUGCAUAAAAUCGAGAACGUGAACAAGUCCCUGGCGUUUCUCCACACGAAGGUUCGCCUGGAGAGUAUAGGAGCCGAGGACAUAGUGGACGGGAACCCGCGGCUGAUCCUCGGCCUCAUCUGGACCAUAAUCUUGCGGUUCCAAAUUCAAGAAAUCGAGAUCGACGUCGACGAGGAGAAUGACAGCAGCGAGAAGAAAUCGGCUAAGGACGCCCUGCUGCUGUGGUGUCAGAGAAAGACGAACGGCUAUCCCAGCGUCAACAUUCAAGACUUCACCGUUUCCUGGAGAAGCGGUCUGGGCUUCAACGCGCUCAUCCACGCUCACAGGCCCGACUUGGUCACCUGGUCCGAGCUGCAGCAGAACAAGAACAUCGACAACCUCAAUUAUGCGUUCGACGUGGCUAAUUCCGAGCUCGGUAUACCCCGAUUGCUGGACGCCGAGGACGUGGACACGGCUAGGCCCGACGAGAAGUCCAUCAUCACCUACGUGGCUUCCUAUUACCACACGUUCGCCAGGAUGAAGAAUGAGAUCAAGAGCGGGAAACGGAUCGCGAAUAUAGUGGGACAGAUGAUGGACGCCGACAAGAUGAAGAUACAUUACGAGAAACUAACCACGGAUCUCCUUGAGUGGAUCAAGAUGAAGAUCGGGGUACUGGAGAACAGGGAUUUCCCGAACUCGUUGGAGGGCAUUCAGAGAGAGCUGUUGGCUUUCAAGCAAUACAGAACCGUCGAGAAGCCACCGAAAUAUAAGGAGCGAUCCGAGAUCGAAGCUCUUUACUUUCAUAUAAACACUAGAUUGAAGUCGUUGAACCAGCCGGCGUUCACUCCUCAGGAGGGUCAAUUGGUGCACGACAUCGAGAGGAAUUGGGUGGAACUGGAACGAGCCGAGCAUCGUAGAGAAGUCGCCCUGAGAACCGAACUCCUCAGACAGGAGAGGUUGGAGCAGUUGAAUUACAAAUUCGAAAGGAAGAGCGUGCUGAGGGAAGGCUACUUAAAGGAGAUGAUACAAGUGCUGACGGAUCCCAGAUACGGCAGUAAUUUGGCUCAAGUCGACGCCACGGUGAAGAAGCACGAGGCCAUAAGCGCAGACAUCUUGGCUCGCGAGGAGCGCUUCCACGAUUUGACCAACAUGUCCGAGGAGCUCGUGAGAGAGAACUACCACGGUUUGGAGAGAGUACGAGUCAGGGAACAGGAAGUGCUUCAGAGGUGGAAAGAGCUUCUGGCUCUGUUAGAUCAUCAUAAAUCGAACCUCGUCGCCUUGAGUUCCCUCAUGAGUUUGAUGCGAGAAAUCGACACGACUUUAGCCAGCAUUCAAGAAUUGCAACUGAACUUCCAAAGCACGGACGUUGGGCCGCAUUUAUUGGGAGUCGAAGAUCUAUUACAGAAGCACAGCCUCCAGGAAUUGCAGGUGACAGCGCUCGGUGAGACUCAAAGGAGACUGGGAAGACAAGCGGCGCAACAUUUGGCACAGCCACAGAGCAAGGAAGUACCUCUUCUUCAACAAAAACUAGAGAUGUUGAAUCAAGCUUACGACGAACUCGUCGAGAACAGCAAGGAGCGUAAAGCUCGGUUGGAGGACGCCAGGAACUUCUUCCACUUCCUUCAGGACCACGAAGACGAAGAGUCGUGGCUGAUAGAGAAGCAGCGAAUCUGCAAGGCUGGGAUAUCCGCGAAGGACCUCCGCGCGGUGAUCUCUUUGCAGCAGAAGCACAAAGCUCUUCAAGACGAGAUAAAAGUGCGGAGACCGAAGUCCGAGCAGCUCUGCGAUGCCGGCAGAAAAUUGAUUGCCGACAAUCAUCCCUCCGCUUUGGAAAUACAGAAUCGUAUCGAUUCCCUGCAGGAACACUGGAAAGUCCUCGAAGAAUUGGCUGCCCUGAGGAAGAAGCAGUUAGACGACGCCGCGGAGGCUUUCCAGUUUUACGCGGACGCCAACGAGGCCGAUUCGUGGAUGAACGAAAAAAUGACUCUGGUCGCUUCCGAGGACUACGGCGUCGACGAACCGAGUGCCCAGGCGCUUCUACAGAGACACAAGGAUCUCGAAGGAGAAUUGAACGCUUACAAAGGCGAUGUGCAGUCUCUCAACAUGCAAGCCGACAAGCUGGUGAAAUCUGGAAUUUCCACAUUGGAAUUAUCCGCCGAUCCCGAACCGGUCGCAGAAUUGGAACAGGAAGAGUGGAGCAAGGAGAUAAGAUUGGUUCCUCAAGACGAAUGGGUGGACGAAGUCGUGGAAAGAAUGGAGCCUAGAACCGUUCUCGAAGACAGAUUGGUACCACAGGUGAAGAGUUUAUAUCCGUUCAGUGGACAGGGGAUGCAUAUGGUGAAAGGUGAGGUGAUGUUUCUGUUGAGCAAGACAAAUCCCGAUUGGUGGAGCGUGAGGAAAGCGGACGGUACUGAUGGUUUCGUGCCGGCUAACUACGUUCGCGAGAUAGAGCCGAAGGUGAUACAGGUUCAAGUGAGGCGACCGGAGAAGGUCAGAGUCACGCAGAGAGUCAAGAAGACGAAGAUGGUGAAGCAGUUGGUUCCGGUCAGGAGAGUAAAAUCGAUAAAAUCCACGGUGAAGCCGGUGAAGAGGAGAGCUGCCUCCGACGGGGACAGCGUCGAGAAACGGUUGAAGAAGAUCAACGAUACUUACGGCGAGCUCCAGGAGCUCGCUUCGAAGAGACACGCAUUGCUGGAGGAUGCUAUAAGACUUUACGGCUUCUAUCGCGAGUGCGACGACUUCGAGAAGUGGAUCAAGGACAAGGAGAAGAUGUUGAGAGUCGACGACCCAAGAGACAACGUCGAAACGGCCAGAAGGAAAUACGAGAAAUUUUUGACGGAUCUCUCGGCGUCGGGCAAACGCGUGGAGGCCAUAGAUUCAGCCGUCGACGAGUUCGUCAGACAAGGCCACAGCCAGUUGGACAAAGUCAAGGCCAGGCAGAGGCACAUCCAUCAGCUGUGGGACCACUUGAACUGGUUGAAGACGCAGAAGGAGAAGAGCCUGGAGGGAGCUUCUAGCGUAGAGCUGUUCAACAGAACCUGCGACGAGGCUCACGAUUGGAUGCUGGAAAAGAUCACUCAGUUAGACACCGCGGAGAUUGGUCCUGAUUUAAAAACGGUCCAAGCGUUGCAGAGAAGACACCAACAUCUGGAAAGGGAAUUGGCCCCGGUCGAAGAAAAAGUACGGAAAGUCAACUUAUUGGCGAACAGCGUGAAGAGUUCGUACCCGCACGAGUUGAACAAUGUGAACGCCAGGCAGAACGAAAUCAAAGAGCUCUGGAAUCAAGUGCAAACGAAGGCGAAGGAACGUAGAUCGAGAUUGGAAGACGCAGUGGGUCAGCAGAUCUUUAUGAACAGUUCCAAGAACCUCAUCAAUUGGGCGAGCGAUAUUCAGGAAACGAUGAGGGCCGAGGAAUCCGUCAGAGACAUUGCCACGGCCGAGCAGCUCAGGAAGCAGCACAUGGAACUCGGCGAAGAUGUACGAAAUCGCAAAGACGAAUUUCGAGAAGUGGAGGAGCUCGGGAAUCAACUGCUGCAUCGCAACCCGUCUCUGGUCGAUGUCAAAGAACGUUUAGACAAGCUCCGCGGUUUGUAUCAAUCCGUAACGUCCGAGUGGAUGGCGAAGGAAGCCUGGCUUCAGCAGUGUUUGGAGUUGCAACAAUUCAAUCGCGAGGCUGACCAAAUAGAAGCUACCACGAGCUCUCACGAAGCAUUCUUAGAAUUCACAGACUUGGGGGAGUCUCUGGACGACGUCGAGGCUCUGUUGAAGCAACACGAGAAGUUCGAAAACACGUUGCACGCGCAGGACGACAGGCUGAAAGCGUUCAGCGACACCGCGGAUAAAUUGAUCGCUCAGAAUCACUAUGAAAAGGAUUAUAUCAACGAGAGGAGGAAUCAAGUGUUGGCUCGAAGGAACCAAGUCAAGGAGGCGGCUCAGCGUCGUCGGGCGGCGUUGAAAGCUUCGGAACAUUAUCAACAAUUCUCGGCGGAAGUCGAUGACUUGAGAGAUUGGUUGGGCGACAAGAUGAAAACAGCAUCCGACGAGAGCUAUAGGGACUUGAACAAUCUCGAGCGGAAAUUGCAGAAGCACGAGGCGUUCGAGAGAGAGCUGAGAGCCAACGAAGGACAGUUGAGGGCGGUGAACAAAGCUGGGAAAGCUCUGAUCUCCGAAGAGAAUUACAGAUCGGAGGACGUGGGAAGAACUCUUAAGGAGCUGAACGAUCAGUGGGCCCGUUUGGUCGCGUUGUCUUUGGAAAAAGGUCGCAGACUCAGGCAAGCUGCCUGCCAACACACGUACAACAGGACCAUGGAGGACGCUCGAUUGAAACUCGAAGAGAUAGAGAACUGCUUGCAGAGCAAGCAAGUCGGAGUCGAUUUGAGGAGUUGCAAGGAGUUGCUAAAGAAGCAUCAGACUCUCGAGAGCGAUAUGUGCCAAUGGGAGCAGAAGGUCGAUGACCUGGUCGCGAUGGGCGAAGAGAUGGCACACGAGGGUCACUUCGACGCCGCGAAUAUUCUGAAAUCUAGCCAAACCACGCAAAGGAAGUUCCGUAGCUUGAAGGAACCGGCAAAGAGAAGGCGAGAUGCGUUGGAAGAAAGCUUGCGCUUCCACAAGUUCGGUUUCGAGUUAGAUGCCGAGUUGCAGUGGAUCAAGGAUCAUCUUCCUCAGGCAUCUUCGACGACGCUCGGUCAGAACUUGCAUCAGGCUCAGACGUUGCACAAGAAGCACAAGAAACUCGAAGCGGAGAUCGUUGGUCAUCAACCGAUGAUAGACAAAACUUUGGCUUCCGGACAGACUCUGAUCGACCAGGCUCAUCCGGAGAAGAAGAAGAUACGAAAAUUAUGCGACGCGCUGGACGACGCGUGGAGGGAUCUUCAAGAGAAGGCCGGAGAGCGGAGCAAGGCUCUCGAUUUAUCUCUAAAGGCUCAGGAGUUCUUCUUCGAAGCCGGGGAAGUUGAGAGCUGGCUCAACGAGAAGAACGACGUGCUCAGUUCCACCGAUUACGGAAGAGAUCGCGAUGCCGCCACGAAAUUAUUGACGAAACACAAGGCAGUGGAAUUGGAACUGGAUACCUAUAAUGGUAUCGUGACAGAGAUGGGACACACGGCUGCAGCUAUGAUAAACGCGAAACAUCCAGAUAGUAAAGCGAUCGCCAACAAGCAGCAAGCGAUCGCUCAGCAGAUGAGAGCGUUGCAAAGAUUAGCGACGGUGAGACAACAACGACUGAUGGAGAGUAUGUACCGACACGAAUACUUUUUGGAGAGCAGAGAAUUAGAGCAGUGGAUCAAGGAACAGGAACAGGCGGCCGCGUCCGAGGACUACGGCCAGGAUUACGAACAUUUGUUGAUAUUGCAAGCCAAGUUCAACGACUUCAAGCAUAGGAUCGAGGCUGGCUCGGAGAGAUUUAAUCAGUGCGAGGAACUGGCCAGGAAACUGAUUGCCAACGAGAGCCCUUACAUUCAGGAUAUCGAGAAACGGCAGGAACAACUCGGACCGGACGACGAUGAUCCUGUAAGGGAUGUGCAGAAACAGCAUGCUCUCAUGAAGGAGUCCUGGCAGCAUCUCCUUAGCCUCAUUCGUAAUCGGGAGCAGAGGCUGCAGGCGGCUGGAGAGAUUCACAGAUUCCAUCGCGACGUCGCCGAGGCUUUGUCGCGCAUACAGGAAAAGGAGGCAGCGUUACCUGAAGAUCUCGGCCGCGAUUUGAACUCCGUACUCGCAUUGAUCAGACGUCACGAGGGCUUUGAAAACGAUCUAGUCGCACUGGAGGCGCAGCUCCAAGUUCUGGUCGAGGACGCGUCCAGAUUGCAAGCGCACUAUCCAGGAAACAACGCGGUGCACAUCGAUCAGCAACAGCAGAUCGUGGUCGCUCACUGGGAGGAACUGAAGGAGAGGUCCGCCCAUAGGAGAGAUCAGCUGCAGGCGAGCUGCGAUCUCCAGCGAUUCUUGACUCAGGUCAGAGACUUAAUGAAUUGGGCCGCGGGUCUCCGCGCCGCAAUGUCCACGGAGGACAAAGUCCGCGACGCGGCCAGUGCUCAGAUCUUGAAGGCGGAACACGAGGCCUUGAAGGGGGAGAUCGAGGCGAGGGAGGACAGUUUCAGUUCCGUUUUAGACCUGGGCGAGGCCAUGGUCCAGACCGGGCAUUACGCGGCUGCGGAGGUCGAGGAGAAGUGCAACCAAUUACUAGAAGAAAGGCAGAAGCUGCACACCGCCUGGCAGCAGAAGAAGGUGCAUCUGGACCAAUUGAUCGAUCUGCACUUCUUCCUUCGGGACGCCAAACAGCUGGACAACCUGUCGACCACUCAGGAAGCCGCUUUGAGCGGCGACAACUUCGGGGAUUCCGUGGAAGAAGUGGACGCGCAAGUGAAGAAGCACAACGAAUUCGAGAAGUUGCUGGUAACACAGGAGGAGAAGCUGACUGCACUGCAGGAGCACGGAGACAAACUUUUGGCGCAGAAUCACUUCGACUCGCCGACGAUCGCGAGAAGAUUGAGCGAAGUCGUUCAGAGGAGAGCGAGGAUCCGAAAUCUGUGCGAGGCACGCCGGAGGAGAUUGGAAGCUGGUUUGUUGCACGCUCAGUUCGUGAGGGACGUCGGGGAAGCCGAGUCGUGGAUUGGUGAGAAACAGAAGAAGCUCGAAGCGGAGGCGUCGAAAGGCGAGGUGUCCAGUUUGGAGGACAAGAUCAAGAAGCUGCAGAAGCACCAAGCGUUCCAGGCUGAGUUAGCUGCGAAUCAGAGCAGGAUCGAGGAGAUCAAGGCGAAAGGGGAGACUCUCCUUCAGCAGAAACACCCGGCGAGUGCCGAGAUUCGACAACAGCUGGAACAUCUUCAUGCUUCCUGGAGGAAACUGUUGCUAGAGUCCGGGAACCGUGGCAGAGGCCUGGAAGAAGCUCAGGAUAUUCUGGAAUUCAACAAUCAGGUAGAGAAGAUCGAAGCAUGGAUAAGAGAUAAGGAGAUGAUGGUUCAAGCCGGGGACACUGGAAAGGAUUACGAGCACUGCUUGAGUCUUCAGAGGAAGCUCGACGACGUAGACAGUGAUAUGCGCGUGGACGAUUCCAGGAUAAAAAGUAUCAACGCAUUGGCUGAUAAAUUAAUUAAACAGGGCAGAGACAACGAGUCGAAGGCUGUUGAACAACGUCGCGAUAAUUUCAACAAUAAAUGGAAGGGUUUGCAAGGAGCGUUGAGCGCUUACAGGGAAUUGUUGGCAGGAGCCUUGGAGAUCCACCUCUUCAACAGGGACAUCGAUGACACGAGUCAGAGAGUAGUAGAAAAAUCGGUCGCUAUGAACACCAGCGACGUCGGCAAGGAUCUUGCUGCCGUUGAACAUCUACAGAGAAAACAGGAAGCGAUGGAGAGGGACAUGACGGCCAUCGAGGGAAAAUUGAAGGAGCAUCAAACGGAGGCCAGGAAAUUGUCGCAGAAAUAUCCGGACAAGGCGCCGCAGAUAAACGGAAUACUUUCGGAGUUGCAGUCGAACUGGGACGAUCUGCAACGACUGACUCAACACCGUCGCGAGGCGCUGAACCAAGCUUACACUUUGCACAAGUUCCAAGCCGAUCUCCACGAGUUGGAACUUUGGGUGGCUGAUACGAUUAAACGUAUGGACGAAUCCGAGCCACCGACCACGAUAUCCGAAGCCGAGGCAUUGUUAGAGCUUCACCAGGAAAGAAAAGCGGAGAUCGACGGUAGACAGGAUACGUUCAAAGCUUUGAAGGAACACGGGCAGAAGCUUUUAGCCAUCAACGAAGACGUCGAGGACAAUCUGGAUCAUCUCGAAGAGCUGCGACGAAGACUGGUGAACGCCUGGGAGACGAGAAGACAGAAAUUGACUCAAGCUCAUCAGUUGCAAUUGUUUAAAGAACAGGCCGACCAGGCUGACGGUUGGUUGGCAACGAAGGAAGCGUUCCUCAACAACGACGAUCUCGGAGAGUCACUCUCCGGCGUCGAGGCGUUGCUACGGAAACACGAGGAAUUCGAGAAGAUGUUGGUCUCUCAGUUAGGGCGCAUCGAGGAAUUGGAGAAGUUCGCUAACGAAAUUCUGUCGAAGGAACACUCGGACGCUAACGUAAUUAGGCAACGAUUGGCGUUGGUCUGCGCCAGAAGAGACAGGCUACAGAACAGUGCGAGAGCGAGAAGGAAGAAGUUGCUGGAGAGCCACCAUCUGCAUCAGUUCCUGCGGAACAUAUACGAAGUCGAAGGGUGGCUUCAUCAAAAGCAACAAGUCGCCAGCGAUGAGAAUUAUCGCGACUCCUCGAACUUGCAAAGUAAGAUCCAGAAACACGCCGCCUUCGAGAGCGAACUGAUGGCUAACAAAGGAAGAAUAUCUGCAGUGGCCAACGAAGGCGAGGCGCUGAUAGAAGAGAAUCAUUACGCGUCGGACAGCAUCCAAGAACGGCUCGACGAAUUGGAAGCAGAAUGGCGACAUCUUCAAGAGACCAGCGAACUGAAGAAGAACCGAUUGAACGACGCUUAUCAAGCUCUGCUCUUCGGACGGACUCUGGACGAGUUCGAGGCAUGGAUGGACGAAGUGGAAGUUCAGUUACAAUCAGAGGAUCACGGGAAGGACUUGGCCAGCGUGGCCCAUUUGUUGAAGAGGCACACCAAUUUGGAGAACGACGUUCUCGGCCACAACGAGGCUUGCGAGUCGAUCAAGGAGACUGCCGCCAGUUUCCAAAGAUCGAACCACUUCAUGGGCGACGAGAUACAAGAGAGGGCUAUGAUAACGAUAAACAGAUACCACAGUUUGCAAGAACCGAUGCAGAUAAGGAGGGACAACUUGGAAGACGCCAAGCUGCUUCAUCAGUUCGCGAGAGACGUCGAAGACGAGAUGCACUGUCUAUCGGAAAAAGAGCCUCUGGCCAUGAGCAGCGAUCUAGGCAGUUCUUUGACCACCGUGCAACGAUUGCAGAAGAAACAUCAAUCGUUAGAGGCGGAACUGAUCUCGAGAGAGCCAGUGGUAGCUUCUCUGGUCAGCAGAGCGACGGCUAUGGUCAGGAGCGGCCACUUCGCUUCGGAGAAGAUCGAGAAAUUGUCUCAAGAAUUGCAAAACAAGCUGUCGCACUUAAGGGAUCUGGCCAGCGUGAGGAAAUUAAGAUUACUGGAUGCCGUCGAGUCGCAGAUGUUCUACGCCGAGGCUGCGGAGGCCGAGCAGUGGAUAAAGGAGAAACAUCCGCAACUGACAGCUACCGAUUACGGGAAGGACGAAGAUUCCGUUCAAUCGUUGUUGAAGAAGUUGGAAGAGAUCGAACGAGAUUUAGGCGGUUUCGAGAACACCGUGUCGAACUUGAGAAAGUUGUCGCACGGAUUGGUAGAGAGACACCACUUCGACAGCAAAAAUAUCUCGCAGAAACAGUCGGAUAUUGAAUAUAAAUUCAAGGAAUUGCAGAGGCUGAAGGACAAUCGUUUCCAGCGAUUGCGCGAGAGCGAGAAGUUCUUCAAGUUCGUCAGGCAAGCGGACGAGGUAAUCGAAUGGAUCGGAGAUCAAACGACCGUUGCCGCAUCCGAGGAUUACGGUCGCGACGUGGAACACGUCGAACUCUUGAUCCAGAUAUUCGACAAUUUCCUAGCCGGUUUGACGACGAGCGAGAGUCGAGUGUCGGCAGUCCUCGACGAGGGACAGAAAUUGAUAGAGGAGAACAAUCCGGAGAAAUCGAAGAUACUGAUGAAGAUAGACGAGACCAAACAGCAGUGGGAAGAUCUAAAGGAAUUGGCACACGCGCGGCAGGACGCGUUAGCUGGAGCGAAGCAAGUUCAUAUGUUCGACAGGACGGCAGAUGAGACGAUCUCCUGGAUCCAGGAAAAGGAAACCGCCCUCAGCUCCGAUGGCUACGGACACGACUUGGAAACGAUUCAAGCCUUGGUGAGGAAGCACCAAGGAUUCGAGACGGAUCUGGGUGCAGUGAAGGAACAAGUCGAGCUGUUGAUGGAAGAAUCGUCCCGGUUGAUCGAACUGUUCCCGGAUGCGAAGGUACACAUAGAUGUGAAACACCAGGAAGCGGAGACUGCUUGGAAUGAGUUGUUGGAAAAGGCAGCGCAGAGGAGGAGCAAAUUGUCUCAGGCCGAGCAACUGCAGUCGUACUUGGGUGAGUACAGAGAUCUCAUGUCUUGGAUAAACGAGAUGGUAGCGAAGGUGACCGCUCCUGAUUUGGCUCGAGACGUUCCCGGGGCGGAGGCGUUGAUACAGAGGCAUAGAGAGUACAAGGCGGAGAUCGAAACUCGCAACGAGGCUUUCGAUAAGUUUUAUAAGACGGGCCGAGAGUUGAUAGAAGGCGGUCACUUCCUGGGGAAGGAGAUCGAGGAGAAGGUAUCGAUUCUACGACACAGGCAACAAUUCUUGAAAGACACUUGGGAACAGAGAAGGCGAAUCUACGAUCAGAAUUUGGACACGCAGCUGUUCAAACGUGAGGCGGAAACCUUGGAGAACUGGAUCGUCAGCAGGGAGCCGAUGUUGUACGACGGAAAACUGGGCGAGAGUAUUCCACAAGUGGAGGAACUGAUAAGAAAACAUGUAGACUUCGAGAAGACCAUUGAAGCCCAGGAGGAAAGGUUCAGCGCGUUGAAGCGCAUAACUAUGUUGGAAGAAGCUUUCCAGAAGCAACAGGAAGCUGAAAUGGCGGCGAGACAGGCGGAGAAGGAGCGGGUAGAACGAGCUCGGCUCGAAGAACGGAAACGCAAGGAGGUGCAGAGGAUAACGGAGGAGAGGAAACGUGAAGAAGAACGGAGACGAUUGUUGGACGUUCCAAAUGUGCACGACGAAGUCAACGGGACGAGCGACGAGAACGAGUCAUUGAACAAACUGUCGCCUAUCAAGACUGCCAACGCCUCUGAGACCUUAGAUGUUACUCCCACGCAGAAGCAGCAUGGCAUAUCUCACGUUUUCGGUGAGAAACUUAGAAGAACGACUCCGGACAUAAAGAGAGCGGAGAGUAUGAAGGUCGACACGAAGAAACCGAAGAGAACGCCGAGUUUCACUACCAGAAGAAGGACGCAGAGCUUCAGGAAGCUUCAGAGGAUGGAGAACAUGGACGCCCUGCCGCCCGUCGAGAUCCAAGGUCUCUUGGAAAGGAAGCACGAGCUUCAGAGUGCUGGCAAGAAGGCAGCGGUUCGGUCGUGGAAGCAAUAUUACACCGUGCUAUGCGGGCAACUCUUAUGCUUCUUCAAGGACAUGGAAGAUUUCUCUCUGAGUAAAGCAGCCACCGCUCCCAUCACAAUUUUCAACGCGGUCUGCGAAAAAGCGGACGAUUACACUAAGAAGAAGAACGUGUUCAGGUUGAAGUGCACGGACGGUUCGGAAUUCCUGUUCCUGGCGCCGAGCCAGCAGGAAAUGGAGGACUGGGUGAACAAGAUCUCGUUCCACGCGAAGCUGCCACCGAGUUUGCAACUAUUGAGUUACGACGAGUCGCAGAAAGAACGACUGCAGAACGUGGACCAAGUCGAUGACAACGCGUCGACCGGAAGCAGCCGUACGUCCACACCGGAAUUGGAGAGGAAGAACUCGGUGAUCAGGCGCGACGCGUCCAGCGGGCAGCUAUCGCCCAGCAGCGUGCAGAUUGAGUUCCUUCAGAUGCACAGGCAGAAUCAACAGAAACGCGAUUCUCAGAACAAUUCGGAGUUCGUGAAUUCUCAGAGAACCGAGCCUCAGCCGGAGUACUUGCUAUCGCCGAAGCAAUCGCAAAUUCUGGCGCAACAGCAGUUCGUGCAGCAAGAAUUGAUCACUCAAAGGGAACAAUAUCAACCAAAUUCCGGGGACAAACCGCCAAUUCCACCGAGGGGCGCGCCUCCUCCGAUUCCGAUGCGAACCCCGAGUUCUGAAGCUAUUCCACAGUACAGACGCGACGACGUGGACCAGGUGCAGGGAAGGGCCGGGUAUUACCAGCAGCGUAGCGCGACUUUGAACCACAAUGGUUCCGGUCAGUACCCGACCAACCCAGUUUGGCACAGGCAGAGCAGUUUGGAAUUAAAUGCGCAACAUCAAGAAUUAGCACCCCCUUUGCCAUCAAGUGCCCCUCCACCAACUAAAAUGGCUCAGUGGAGUGCUCCCCACGAUCCCGCUUAUGGAAACGUCCCUGUUAAUACGAGACAGGGCAUGCAGCAGAACAAUUCUUUCACAGGCAGGCCGGUUUCCCUGCCGCCGUACGUGGCACCACCCGCGGUCCCGCAAAGUGCACAAAAUCUGACGGUGGUCGAUGGUAGCAGUAGAAGGGCCAGCGAGAGCGGAUCGGAAAGCGAGCACAGCAUAAGCAGUAACAAUCGCAAGGACCGUGAUUACAAACGGAGCUCGGUUCUGAGCAAUCUGUUCGGAAGACGAAAGAAACCUCAAUCGUAACUCUCUCGAUCAAUUAUUUCUACGCUUGCUUAAACACGAAACGCAACGAGCGUGCAAGAUGUUUUUGUUUUUCUACGGAACAAAUAUAGUUUCUUCGAGGUAGAAGAAACCCAUGCACUGUGUGGUGCGAUUGUAAAUUAUUUUUUUAUGUACUAUAAAUAUUAUCGAGGAUGAUAUACGAUGAAGCAUUUAAUAGAUAAUUUUCAAGAAUCAUUAUUAUAUAUAGAAUAUAUAUAGAUAUAUAAAGAUUGAGUACUACGAUCGUGGAUGGUGAUAGGAAGGUCGAUAGAACGGGAUGGAUCACGAUAGGAAUUGUUACAUGAAUUUAUUUAAAGUGUACCUGACUUUAAGAGGAACGUUGCACGUAUGGAAGAGGAAUCACGCCGAUGCGCGGAGCUAAGGUUUAAGUUUUGUAGAUGUCAGUAAUAUAUAAAACGCCUGUUGUUCGGGACCAAUGACCUAAUGUAAAGUAAGCGAACAUACCACAGAGUUGCAUGCAAUUGUACACAUUCGAGAGGAAGAGAAAAUUUAUGUUUCAAACUUAACAAUUAACUAUACCAAUUCCUUUCUUUUUAUAACUAAGUAAUAUUACGUUCUGUAAAGUGUAUUUAAUUCUUCACGAGGAUUGAUUAUCUAUUACCUAGGCUUAUCAGUGGUAUUCUGUAGUUACGUAGCGCGAUACCCAUUUUUCGUUACGGUGUUAACGAUCGAGAAGGCGAAUAAAUAAAACGAAAUAACACCCAAUCGUA